AAAUUGAUGGUAAGUAUCAUAGUAGGAUGGUAAAAGAACCUCACCUUGUUAUUUUGAGAGAACCGAAUUCUCGAUUGAUUGGUUACGCAAGACUGGUAGAGGAAAGUGCUGAAUACAAAACAACAAAAUUGAAUGAAUUUUUCAACGAUAAAAACAUAUCUCUGGAUGCAUUGAUUGGCAUAUGCACUGACGGUGAGCCAACAAACACUGGCACACACGGUGGAAUUAUACGAAGAUUCGAAUUGCUGCUAAAAAGACCAUUGCAUUGGUUUGUUUGCCUUCUACACUUCAACGAACUUCCGUUUCGACAUUUGUUUGGGGUUUUGGAUAAAUCAUCCACCACUGGACCAACAUCAACAACCGGGAAACUAAGCAAGCAAAUUGAAAAUUCUGAAGCUCUUCCGGUGGUGAGCGACUUUCAGAGAAUUGCGUUGGAAAAUAUGCCUCCUGUUGCAGAACAGCACGAAUAUUCCACCGAUUCGCAGUACUUAUACGACAUGGCACAUGCAAUUUCUAAUGGCGUGGUUUCUGUGGAUCUGGCUAACAUAAAACCAGGGAAAAUUGUACAUUCUCGCUGGCUCACCAAGGCCGCUAGAUUAUUACGAUUAUAUGUGACAAUGAAAAAACCACCUAAAAAUUUAAGAAUUCUGGUUGAAUUUAUAAUUAAGGUUUAUGUGCCAAUGUAUUUUAAUAUCAAGUAUUACAGCUCUGUCGUGUACGGUAGUGUAUUAUUUUUCAAGUACAUUACUUGGGCACAAUUUCUGGAGCCAAAUUUACGCACUGUUGUCAAUCAUGUAAUUAAAAAUAAUCCAUAUUUUGCACAUUCGGAAAAUAUCUUGCUAUCAAUGUUGUUUGAUGAUAGGAAAGAGGUGCGCGACUCUGCUAUCAAGAAAAUUUUACGAUAUCGAGACAAUGUUGAAGACCCAUCGGAACUUAGAGAAUAUAAAAAACCAGAUAUAAACUUCCAUUGCUUCGAUUACACGAAAAUGAUCGAUUUGACUGAUAAAAAUAACGUAUUUGAACCACCAUUCACGCGAAUCAUUCCGUAUGAAACAUUGAUAGCAUAUUUAAAUGAAGAUGACUCACCAUUUACUGAUCCGCAUAUUCCAUUACAUAUACAAGGAACGGAACAACACGUUCAACUGCUAGCUAGCGUUUCCAAACGAGUAAUAUCGGAAAAUGUAGAGGCUGUUAUGGAGGCGACAUUAGAGAGCCGUGCGAAAUUGCCCAGUGUUGAAACCAAAAAAGACUUCAAACAAUAAUUUUUUAGUUUCUUUCCUAUGUUCUGAUCGAAUAAAUUUUUAAAGAGAAAACAAAAAUCCAAAAACAAAAAAAAAACAUUUUUUUCCUAGAAACUUCAUUUGUGCGGAAAAAUA